CCAUGUACUUGGUUCCAAAUCGAUGUAUUCGAGCCGCGCUUAUUACGGGUGCUAUCUAUGAUGCGAAUGCUGCUUUACUCCCUGAUACAGGCGCUGUAAAACCCCGUUUAAAUGAAAGACAUCACACUACAUCGCAAAUUAGUCGUUCAAAUGUGUUAUCGCACCAAAUUCUCUAGCGGGGAAUCGUAGCUGAUCACGAUCUAUGCCACUAUUUCUAUUAUUCGCAAUUCGCAAGAAAAACUCGCGACACUGCACGAAUUAAAUAAGUUACACAGAUAAUCGAAAAUAUUCUAAUAUCGUUGAUCAGUCUUGAUAAAUCAGUCAGCUAUAAAAGGUACUUUAAACCAAUGAAUUCAGCUGCAUCAACGGGAAAGCCUGGAGGCUCCAAUUCGGCCAGCGAAUCACAAGAAUCUGCAAAUAGUGAUAGAGAAAGCAACGAAUUUGAGAUUGACAAUGCAAAUGAUUCACCAAAGAAGCCUACAAAUUUUACUGACGAGAUGGACAAUAUGUUCUGUAACCCGCAAACUCAAGAGAUUUCCUUGCCAUGCGGUAAGCCAGUAAAGCCAUUAAAAAGCCGGAUUCAGAACAAACAGAAGCUACGCAAACAAAAUAAAACACCUAGAAGCAAGCCUGUAUCGAAAAAUGUAGACGUUUUGCAGACAACUGCAUCUAGACAUGACAUUAUUAAUAGCUAUUUAAAAUCCAUAGGACUUAUUUUACAAAAUCUGCCUGUUCAAAAGUCUAUUGAGUUGUUGAAAGAAAUCGACGCCAAUUUAUUAGAUGCCUAUAAAGAGAGUGUGACAAAAUAAUUAUUGUUCUCCCCCUCAUUCAGAAGCCCAUUAACUUCACAUAUCUAUUCCUUUAUUUGAACAGAAUACUAUUUAUUUCGUAAACUAUUUAGCUAUUUUAACUUCAUGUUUAAAUAUUUAAUGGUUGGCAUCAGAUAUAGCGAUAUCCUUCAACUUAAAGUUGUAUUUUUUAACAGCUUUGCAUUUUCCCACUGGAAAUUGCUUUACAAUUAGAAUGUUGCUCUUUCGCUAAUUAAUAAAAUGUCCUUUUCCUACGUACAAAUCAAAAUAAUUAUUACUGCAUUGCGUUUCUUCAACACCUGCUAUUGUAGUAGGUGUUUACAUUGAUAAACUCCUCUAGAUAAUUUUGGACAACAAUCAAGAAUUUUUACUUCAAAAAAUUAUUGCCUAAAAGUAAAAAAACUGUAAAAAGUAGGGUACAGUUAUAUAUAAUAAGCCAUGUUCUGGCUGCUAUUGUGUACUUGUCUCAUGUUUACAUUUUUUUUAUUGUUGUUAAUACCCGUACCAAUAAAAUUGUAAAAUGUAUUCCGA